AACGACGGCUCUCAUGCCGCAGGCGACCGACCGAAUGAACAAAGAUCAAAACACAAAUUUUGAUCAAAUAAACGUGCAGUCGAUGCAAUGCCAGAUGUAUUCGGAGAACCAACAGUAAAUCUGCGAAACGGUGAAAUGUAAAACAUAGAAAAAUAAUAGAUACCAAAGUGCGAUGUUUUGGUGGACUCUAUAUAGAGUUCAGUUCACGUGCUGCUCGCUAUUAUAACGUAUAUUUUGUCUAUUAAAAUCAAUAAAAAAGAAUAACCAACAAAUUGUGUGGCCACAGAGUGGCAUAUCUAAAGUAUGAACCAUAGGCAUAUGAUGAUCGUUGAUAUAAUAACAACUCAUUGACGGCAAUUGAAGUGCAACAGAAGCAGAAGCAUGCCAAUUUUAUCACAGGCAAUCCAGAGUUUCAAAUGUGAACCAAAUGUGUAUACAUUUAUUACCUUUGUAACACAACACACACACAACACACACAACAGACACGCACACACACACACACCAGACACGUAACAAAUUGUGAUACGCCAUCCAACAACAACACGAGCAGAGUGUCCAAGCAACAAAUACACACCCAUCAAAGUACACACACAUCCAAUACACCCGAAAGACGAGCUUAGAAAAGAUCACAAUGGAUUUCGAUCAAAUUCUUGCCAAAUGUGGUGACUUCAAUCGCUAUCAGUUUAUGAUACUCGCCCUCUUUGGCUUCAUCAACAUCAUUGUAUCAUUGCAUUACUUCACACAAACCGUGAUAAGUUUCGUUCCGGAUCAUUGGUGCUAUCAUGAGAAGCUAGUUAAUAUGACAUAUAAAGAGAUAGCUGAUAUCUAUUCCAAAUUUGAGAGUCCCUCAUGCACCCGCUUAGCAGACAUUAAUGGUACCAAUGUGACUGUCAGCACUGAGAGGUGCGAACGAUGGAUCUAUAACUAUGACUUUGGCUAUAGAAGCAUGAACACCGAACUCAACUGGGUCUGUGACUCAGCGUAUAAGGCACGCAUUGGACAAUCGCUGUUCUUUAUUGGGUCCGUUGUGGGUACCCUAUUCUAUGGUCUGCUGUCCGAUAAAAUUGGACGUGUACCAGCGCUGAUAUUGUCAAAUUUCUGCGGCUUUGCUGGCGAUUUCUCUACCAUUUUUACGAAGAGUGUUGCAACAUUUACGCUCUGCCGUUUCAUAUCGGGCCUGGCGGCCGAUACCAACUUUUAUCUCAUGUACAUUAUAGUCCUCGAAUAUAUCCGUCCCAGCAUGCGAACCCUGGGUCUGAAUAUGGCUGUGGGCCUGUUCUACUGUCUGGGCUUGGUGUUUACGCCUUGGCUGGCUGUCUUAGCCGGACACUGGCAGAUCUACUUGGCCUGCACAUCGCUGCCCAUACUGCUGGUGGUGCUCUACUAUUUUGUGGUGCAGGAGAGCGCUCAAUGGCUGGUAACGCGCAAUGACAUCGACGGAGCCAUCGUUCGCCUGAAGCGCGUAGCACGCUUUAAUGGCUGUCAUGUGACCCAAGCGGAGUUUGACGAGUUCCGACGUCAUUGUCAAAUGACCCGCGAAAUGCAAGGUGGCGAUAACAAGAAGCAUGCCACACUAUUGGACAUGUUCAAGACGCCGCGCAUGCGCAAGAAUACCCUCAUUCUUUUCUUCAAGUCAAUGGUGAUUACAUUGUGCUACGAUGCCGUGUCUCGCAAUGUUGAAGGAAUGGGCAUAUCGCCAUUCAUAAUGUUUUCGCUGAGCGCAUUGGCCGUGCUGCCUUCGAGUAUUUUGCUGGUCCUCCUGCAGGAUCGCAUUGGACGCAAGGGCAUGGCAUCGGGUUCCCUGUUGAUUGGCGGUUUGUUCACAUCGGCCGCUGGCAUAGCCAUUGCCUAUCAGCAGCACAACCACAAUGCCAUUUUGUUGGCCUGCCUGACAAUUGCGGCGCGUUUCGGCGUUGCCAUUUCAUACGAAUCGGGCUCACAGUAUGCCACAGAACUGAUACCGACGUGUGUGCGCGGCCAGGGUGUGGCUGCUGUGCAUGUGGCUGGAUUUGCGGCCUCCUUCCUCGCACCCUAUAUUCUUUGGCUGGGCACGUUCUUUAAGGCAGCGCCCUCCAUUAUUCUGGGCGUGCUCUUCUUUUCUGGCUCCUUUGUGUGCCUCCUGCUGCCCGAGACGCUUAACCGGACUUUGCCGACGACUAUCGAGGAAGGUGAGGUGUUUGGCAAGGGCGACAGCAUGUUCGACUUCCCAUGCCUGCACCAUCACAACGAUGAUGACUCGGACUCUGAUCUAGAGAAGUACAAGCGCAAGCAUUCACUAAUCGAUGCCAAGCAGCAUGUGGAGUCCGGCCAAUGCACCAAGCGCAAACAAUCGUUGAUCGAUGCCGAUCGCGAGGAGCAGGCCAUGAAGGAUGCCAAACAAUGAGCCAAGUUGAAAUGCUAAUGACUAGUUCGUAGUGUAGUUAAACAAUUUUUUUAUAAUAUCCCAAUCAACUAAUCAGCCGAGGAACAACAAAAAUAGUCCUAAGUAGCCAGCUCUUUGAUCUAAAAAUUCAAGCUUUUGCUUUAUUUACUAAUAACAAACAUUUAAUGGUUACUUGAAGAAUAUAAAAUGAGUGCUCAGCAUCUAGACAUCUUCUUUGCAACUUUUUCUUUCUAUGCGCACUCGUACACACUUACGCACAUAAAUAUACAUAUAUAUAUAUAUUUACAUAUGUAUUAAAAUCUAGGAUUAAAUAUCUACAUAAAUAAACUUCAAAGUUUAUAUGUAUUCAUAUAUCUCUUUAAUAACUAAAUAAAUCGAUUUAGUAGAUAGCCAUCGAAAACAUUUUCCAAAAACGUGUAAAAUAUCGAACGGAAUCGGAAUCGCAUAGUUAACACUUAAGCGGCACAAUUUCACUUAAUUGAAUAAAUUGAAAACUAAUAUACAUUUAUAAAUAUGUAAAAAAUAAUUUAUCAUAAGUGUAUAAGUAUAUAGCAGAGUUUAUUUUGAUUUGAUGCAUUGCAAAUGCAAGUGCAAAACUGAUAAUAACUACAAUUUUAGAAAAAAAAUUAAAAAUAAAAUAAAACACUUGUAUACA